AUGAACACUUUCUCACAUGUUCCCCCAGGAUUUCGUUUCCACCCUACCGAUGAAGAACUCGUGGAUUACUAUCUUAGAAAGAAGGUAGCAUCAAGAAGGAUUGAACUAGAUGUCAUAAAAGAUGUUGACCUGUACAAAAUUGAGCCAUGGGACCUUCAAGAGAGAUGUAAGAUAGGAAUGGAAGAGCAGAAUGAGUGGUACUUUUUCAGCCAUAAAGAUAAGAAAUAUCCAACUGGAACUCGCACAAAUAGAGCAACAACAGCUGGAUUUUGGAAGGCAACUGGAAGGGAUAAGCCAAUAUACUCAAAGAACAACUUGAUUGGAAUGAGGAAGACUCUAGUCUUUUACAAGGGUCGAGCACCAAAUGGGCAGAAGUCUGACUGGAUCAUGCAUGAGUACCGGCUUGAAACAAAUGAAAAUGGAACUCCCCAGGAAGAGGGAUGGGUGGUCUGUAGGGUGUUCAAGAAGAAAGUAACAGCCAUAAGAAGAGUGAGUGAACACGAGUCGCCUUGUUGGUAUGAUGAACAAACUUCAUUCAUGCCGGAUCUAGAUUCUCCAAAGCGGAUAGUUCCCCAGCCUGACAUGGCCUACCAUCAGCACCUCUAUUCAUGCAAACCAGACCUAGAGCUGCACCACCUCAUGCCACAGGACCCAUUCCAUCAGCUUCCUCAGCUAGAAAGCCCCAAGCUUCCCAAUUAUGUCAACCAUGGAUGUGCUCUCCAGCCAUCUUCAGUUGCGCCUGAAGAUCCAAUGCUGCCUGGGCACCAACUUCAGUUUAUCUCAAUCUAUAAUUGCAGUGGAAGCAAUGAUCUGUCAGUGGAGCAGGUGACUGAUUGGAGGGUUCUUGAUAAGUUUGUUGCAUCUCAACUUAGCCAUGAUGAUGUCUCCAAAGAACCUAACAACUCCAAUUCAGCCCAAGUAUUUCAAGUUUCUGACAAGGAAAAAGCCCCAGUAGAAUACGCUUCAACAUCCACCUCAAGCGGGCAAAUCAAUCUAUGGAAGUGAAGACUGUACAGCAAUGGGCUAUAUAUACAUAUAUACAUACUGAUCAUAGGAAGUUGAAGUAUUAAACCUACGUACAGAUUAUGACGCAGGUUUAUGUACAUAAUAAACUAAAAACUGUAGC